CCCAAACCCGGUAAGGCCUAGACGCCUCGAUUUUUCUCUGCUUCAUCCGGAAUGCUUUCGAAGCAAAGUCCGACGGAAUCCGACCGUCCGGUUCCCACCAUCCAACCGUCCUCACCACGCUUUCCACUAUCAUCCGCUUCUACACCCACCUCCGGGGCCCAUCGGCGGAUCGCCAUCGCCGUUGAUCUCAGCGACGAAAGCGCAUUUGCCGUUAAAUGGGCUGUGCAGAACUACCUUCGCCCCGGUGACGCCGUGAUCCUGCUUCACGUGCGUCCCACCAGCGUCCUCUAUGGUGCUGAUUGGGGCUCCGUUGACCAAUCCGUCGAUACCGACGAAGAGUCCCAGCAGAAGCUCGAGGAUGAUUUCGAUGCCUUCACCACCACCAAAGCUACCGAUCUGUCACAGCCUUUGGUUGAUGCCCAGAUCCCUUUUAAGAUCCAUAUCGUCAAGGACCACGACAUGAAGGAGCGCCUUUGCUUAGAGGUCGAGAGGUUAGGGUUGAGUGCUGUGAUUAUGGGUAGUCGAGGGUUUGGUGCGUCAAAACGCAACAGCAAGGGACGACUUGGUAGCGUCAGUGAUUACUGCGUCCAUCACUGUGUUUGUCCCGUGGUUGUUGUUAGAUAUCCCGAUGAAAAAGACGGAGCUGCUGCUGCUCAAGCUGAUGCUGCCAACGCUAGGGCGGCGGCCAAAGAGGCAGAGCUGCACCCAGUGCCGGAGGAAGAUCAGGAGUAUCACGAUGCCCCCGAGGAACAGAAAGAAGCUUGAGUGUUGCUUGGUUCAUGGCAUGGACGUACCGACUCCAGAAAGUGAAGAAGGCAAUUGAGUCUACUGGAGGCUGGGGAAGCUGAGAUUUGAGAUGUUUUGGUGGGUUAGAUUCAUGCCAUGUAUAUUGAACAGUGGUUAGUAGUGUUGCUGCAGUCUCUCCGUCUUUCAUAUAUAUGUACUAUGAGAUGAUUGAUGGUAUUUGUGUGGUUCCUGGGGUUCUUUCGGUUUCAUGUAGGUCAUGAGAAAAGGUUUUAAUGCUUUGUGAAAU